ACUAUGCAUAUGAACUUUAUCAUAUCUAAUCAUUAAUGUAUAAUAUACGAAAUCUAAAGUUUUUGAAUAUGUAAACACAUCCACAGCACGAUCAGCUGAGGCCUUUAGGGUAUUGCCAACCAGUAUCUAUAAGAAAUUGCAAUAAUGGAAACAGAGGUUGCCAUUGAGGAACUUGCAAAACAUCCAAAACUAUCAUGGCUUGUAAGACCUUGUGAACGUUACAAAGAGGAGUAUGGAGACUGUACAAGCAUCAAGGCAAAAUUUCACCAGUAUUUUAUCUAUGGGGAAACAAUAGACUGUUCGCAGUGGAAGAAAGACUACAAUAACUGUAUUGACUACAGAAAGAAGAAGGAUAUGGAGGCACUGACAGCUGUAAUAGAGAGUGAGAAGGAUCGCCGAAGCAAUAGAUUACGAGGUCACUAUGGCAACACAGUUUGGGAGAAGAGAGAUUCACCCCCGGAAGACUGGAAUAAGGAACUUCCCGAAUGGUUUGAAAAGGAAAGAGAGAUAUCUUUUCUAGCACUGAAAUGCAGAGAACUGAAGGAAGGCAAGAGUUCCAGUAAUUCUAUGUCAACUUGCACCAUAUUAUGAUUUUAGGUAUUAAAAACGUAAUUAAUA